AUGAAGCAGAAGUAUCAAGGAAUGGCAAGGGUUAAACGAGUACAACUACAAGCACUUCGAAGGGAAUUUGAAAUCUUGCAGAUGAAAGCUGGAGAAUUGGUGAACGAGUACUUUUCUCGAACCCUCACCAUAGCCAACAAGAUGAGAACUCAUGGAGAGACUAUAGGAGAUGUUGUUAUUAUUGAAAAAAUUUUGCGGUCCAUGACUCCAAAAUUCAACUAUGUUGUUUGCUCUAUUGAGGAGUCAAAUGACAUUGACGCCUUAUCAGUCGACCAACUACAAAGUAGCUUGCUGGUGCAUGAGCAACGCAUGAAUGUUCAUGUUAUUGAAGAGCAAGCCUUGAAAGUAACCUAUGAAAACAGAACAAGAGGUCACGGUCGUGGAGGAUUUCGCGGACGAGGAGGAGGAAGGGGCAUGCCAAAUUUUGACAAGUCCACUGUGAGUGUUAUUACUGCCAUAAACUUGGACAUUUUCAAUAUGAAUGUCCAAGCAAGGAGAGUGAAGUCAAUUAUGUAG